CCACGCCCCCGUGCGCGCGGAGGAGGCAGGCAUUUUUAAGGUCGGGUGGUGAAGUGUGAGUGAAGCAGCUGAGAGAAACUACAGCCGCAGCAGAAAAAGGACAGUCGGUGUACUUGUUUGUAGUUUUAUUCCAGGACGGAGCACACCUUUUUAUCUUUAAAACAUGGCGUAUCACAGUCCGUACAGAGCUCACCCGCAAGGCAACCCUCCUGUGGACCAGAGUUUCCUGUGGAAUAUCUUCCAGAGGGUCGACAAGGACCGCAGUGGAGUGAUCUCGGACUCGGAGCUUCAGCAGGCCCUAUCCAACGGCACAUGGACUCCUUUCAACCCGGUGACGGUGCGCUCCAUCAUAGCCAUGUUUGACAAGGAAAACAAAGGUGGUGUGAACUUCAAUGAGUUCGCUGGCGUGUGGAAGUACAUCACGGACUGGCAGAACAUCUUCAGGAACUUCGACAGGGACAACUCGGGCUUCAUCGACAGAAACGAGCUCAAACAGGCUAUGACGGGAUUUGGCUAUCGUCUAUCAGACCAGUUCUACGGCACUCUGAUAGAGAAGUUCGACCGCCAGAGGAAGGGACAGGUGGCUUUUGAUGACUUCAUCCAAUGCUGUAUUGUAUUACAGAGGUUGACUGAUGUGUUCAGGCGGUACGACACAGACCAGGAUGGCUGGAUCCAGGUUUCAUAUGAACAGUAUCUUUCCAUGGUCUUUAACGUCGUAUAACACACAUGAAGACCACAGAAGAGCACAACUGGACACAACUGUGCCAAAGCUCCUGGCACCCUCCACAUGUCUGCCAUAGUGGACUCUACAACAUUUUCUAAAGCCUACUUUUAGCCCUAUUUGGGCAACUUAAUAUGAAUUUAUGAUUUUGAGGCAAGAAAAAAAAUCAAAUGCUUGAUGUAUGUCUUGUAGUGUUUUUUUUAAUGAAUCUGAACAAAGUCUAUGUUGGGGGACUAUGGGUUGGCAAAGAACUGGACACAUAGUCUUUCUGUCAGUCUUGUCUGUUAAUGUUAAAAUUUUAAUGUCUCAACUAUGGAAAGAUUUAUUUCUGUAGAAAAUAAAAAUGCUUUGUAAAUAUGAUGGAAAAUGCAUUGCAUGCUUUUCAGGGAAACUUAGCCCCACGUUGAAGCAUGUGUUCCCUUUCUCCUGACUUUCUCUGGCCUCUUAACUCAAAGCCAUGUUUACAGACACUGUGAAAGCAGGUGCCGCUCUGCUUUGGGAUUCACUAACAUGCCAGCGUACACGCCAUAUUUGUUUAAACAUAUUUUUAACGGCAGGUAUUUAAAAAUAGAACCUAAUCUUUGGUAGAAGGUCAGCAUAUUGCCUUUAGUUUGGCUUAUUUUCUGUGCUUGAUGCCUUAACAUGUAAAACUGGGGGAAAGAAAAGAAAAUCUUGUAUUAAAGAGUCACCUGGUGUUGGGAUUGCACUCAUAAGACAACAGCUUUGACUGGUGGAGAAGUGUUCAAAUCUGUUUUAUGUUCCAAAAGCCUACAAUAAAAACGCUUAUUGCAAGUAAA